CUCCAGGACAGACGUUGAAAGCUACCCCGAAGGAGAGACACGCCGAGACUACCCAGCCAUCAGGAGCUCUUCGAUAUUAGCUCGGUUGUCGAUUCGACUGAAAAGGUGGAGGGCCCGAGGACGCGAGGAGCCAAGGAGUCCUCUGUGAAUGACUCGACGGAGGAAAACCGAUCGGACGUCGCCGCGACUCUGAGUGGUUUAUUCGCCGGACUUCCAACCUUAGCGGGUCCCCAACGACUCGCCAAUUCCCUCAGGCAGAGAUUUGCUAACAAUUCUGAGGGAUGGCGAGAGUCUAUGUUGGGGGCCCCGCGUCGUUUGCUGGUGACUCUCGGUAGUUUCUCCAGGGACAGCUCGUCUUGUCCAGCUACGAGAGUCGAACCUCUACCCAGUCUUCCAGUCCCAGACUUGGUAACAACCAUGCAGAAGUAUCUCGCACAAGUUGAAGUAAUAACACCGAAUCAUCUGGAGAAGACUCGAAGUUUGUUUAGAGGAUUCUUAUCUGGACCUGGACCGAAGUUGCAGCAUUAUCUUCUGGAACGUAGACAAAAGAUGACUAACUGGGCUACCGACUGGUGGUUAUACGACAUGUACCUAUCUAUUCCUUUGGCAUUACCGAUCAAUAGUAAUCCCGGCAUAGUAUUAGAAGGAAAACAAUUUGCUAACCAGCAGGACGCAGCAAUAUUUCUUGGAAGAUUUAUAACGGAAUUACUGAAUUAUCAAGAGCUGCUGGAUAGAUCCGAAUUAGAAAUCGAACGGGUUAAAUCGAAGGAUGGAAAAACGAUGCAAGCUUUAUGCAUGGCUCAACACUAUCAAAUGUUUCGAAUUUAUCGACGACCCGGUAUUAACGUGGACGAGCAAAUCAUUUUUGACAGAGCUACUUCCGGUGAUCAUAUUAUAAUUGUACAUCAUAACCAGUUUUAUAGUGUUCCUGUCAGAGCAUCGGAUCGAGGACGAAUCACUGAAAGCGAAUUGAUACAACAGAUUUUAAAAAUUAUGGAAACAAAGGCUAAUCCUGUAACACCUCCUGUAGGUAUUCUAACAACUGCCAAAAGACCGGUCUGGGCGAAAGCGAGAGAAGAACUGAUGAAAAAUGAACGUAAUCGGCAUAACAUAGAAUUGUUAGAAAGAUGUUUGUGUAUCGUUUGCCUCGACGAUGACGUCUUACCAGCAACAUUCAAUAAUCCGUAUAAAAAAAAUGAUCGAUGGAUAGGUGACCGUGAUUUAGCGAAUGUACUUCAUCAGAUUCUUCAUGGUGGUGGAUCUCGACAUUUGGCUGCCAAUCGUUGGUUCGAUCAAACUGUCCAAUUGAUCCUCGGCAAAGACGGUCUAUGGGGUGUUUGUUACGAACAUUCAGCUGGCGAGGCACCUGCGAUUUUAAAUGCCAUUGAGGAAAUAACACAAAAGAUUGAAUCAAUGCCACCGAUUGAAGAAAAUUUAGUACCAUCUCAUCUUCCAGCUCCAGAGAAACUCGAAUGGAAUCUUUCAGAAGCUAGUUUGAAUAAUAUCAGAGAAGCUUCAAGCAAUUUUGAUGCACUCGUCGAAGAUUUAGAUCUAUGCAUUUUCAAUUUCUCUGAUUAUUCGAAGGAAUUUAUAAAAUCUUGCAAAAUAAGUCCAGACGUUUACAUACAACUGGCAUUACAAUUAACAUACUUCAGAUUGCAUGGAAAAUUAGUGGCUACGUAUGAAAGUGCUGGUAUUCGUAGAUUUGCACUUGGAAGAGUAGACGUUAUAAGAGCAGCCAGUCCAGAGGCCUUAGCUUGGGCCAAGGCUAUGUGUCAAGGCGAUCCUGAAAGUCAAUCAACUAGCAACAUUCAAGACGAAGGCUCUAAAAGAGUUCAGUUCACCAUUUACAGUGCGGAUAAAAUCAAGGAAUUGUUCGACUUGGCAGUACAAAGACAAACUAAGGAAAUGAAUGACAAUAUAACAGGACGAGGAAUCGACAAUCAUUUGAUGGGGCUACGUUAUAUUGCCAAGGAGGCCGGAGAACCGAUCCCGGACAUAUUCACGGACGAGGCUUACAAGAUCGUUAAUCACUUCGCUCUCUCGACUUCGCAGGUUACCACAAAGACACACGGCUUCAUAGGAUAUGGUCCAGUAGUUCCAGAUGGUUAUGGAUGCUGUUACAACAUGCAAAAGAACAAAUUUAUGUUUCAAAUUUCGGCCUUUCACAGUGACGGUCAAACAAACUCGUUGCGUUUUGCUCAAACGCUUGAACAAGUAUUAAAAGAUAUGGCGACAAUGUUAAAAAAUUCUAAUAAGAGUUAAAUACAUGUUUAGAUUAUGAAGAAACGCAAAAGAAAAAUAAGAAGUUGCAAGAAAAAAUCAUAUCAUUCACCUAAAGAGGAAGCAAAACAGAGAGAGAGAGAGAGAGAGGAGAGGAAGAGAAAACAACGAAACGAUAUUAGAUAACUGAUGAGCUUGUGUAACGAUGAAAGUAUUUAUUAUCUAUUGCAACAAAAAAAAGAAAAAAAAAUUGAUGUAUAAGAAAGUUCUUAGAUGGGUCAAAAAUUUCUAGAUGAUUCUACAAAUCAAUUAUUCUUUUCCGAGAUCUUUCAGGCUAACUUUUUGUUUCAAUACUACAUGCCUAAUUAUGAGCCUAAAAAAGGUAAUGAAAAAGGCGAUUAUUAAUUGAUUUUUAUAAUUACCUUGGAAUUUUUGGCCAUCCGACCAUGAAUCCAUACAUACAUACUUCAUACAUACAUACACGUACACGUACACAGACACAGACACAGACACACACACACACACACAACGUAAAUCUUAUUAAACGUAGUUUAGCUAACAUAAUAUAAUAUAAUAUUAUAAAACUCAAUAUUCUCGCACAAUUGUUAGUUUUAUCUGGAUGGUUUAUUAUACUAUACGAUCUUUAAAGGGUAUAAUGAAAAGAAAAAAAAAGAAAGUAAAAUCUCAUCGAAUGCUGUCGUAGAUUUUAAGAUACGUAACAUAUAUAUACAUACACAUAUACGUAUAUAUCUCUCUGAUAUUAUGGUACUAUCAAUAUCUCGUUGUCUAUCUUUUCUUUAAAAAAAAAAAAAAAAAAAGAGAAGAGAGAAAAAGGACAAAAAAUAACUAACUAACUAACUAAACUAAACUAAACUAAACUAAACUAAAUCGAUUAAGCAGAAGAGAUGAAUGUGUGCACUGAAAAAUACAUAUCUUCUGUACGGCGAUUCGCGGCUAAGAAUAGAAAGAAAAGAAAAGAAAGCAGAGAAAAAAAAGAAAAUUAAAUAAAUAAAAAUAAAAAAAAUGUGUUAAAAAAAAAAAAAAAAUAAGGGAAGGUAACCGUUUGCGUGUAGUAGGCAAUAUAGAGUUCGAUCGGUCGUAAAACUUUUAGCCCAUCGCUUCCUAAGAAUGUGCCAUUCGCGCGGGUGCUGGUUUGUUAGUAAUUUUAUUUAUACAACAAAUUAUUACAUAUAUAUAUAUAUACAUAUGUGUGUGUGUAUGUUACAAGAAAUCUAAAAUGAUUUUUUUUAUUAGCAUUUGAAUCAUUGCUUAUCCUUAUCUUUUUGUUAUUGUUAUUAACUAUAUUGUUAUUAUUAUUAAUUAUUGUUAUAAAAAAACAUACGAACAAUAUUGACGAAUUACGUGGAGGAAUAUUUCGAAAAAAUUCCUUUUGAAAGUAAUAUAUAAUGAGCUUCAAAUGUUCGUAGACAAGGCAAAAAUUCUAAUUUUAAAAAUCAUUUACUCUUUCACGAGACUGUUUAAAUUAAUGUUUUAGCUUUUCGCAGAUUGUAAAACUGCAAGCCUAACUACGAGUUUAAAAAAUCCCGAAAAAGAGUAACUGAUUUUUAACAUCACUUAAGAACUUUUUUAUCGCCUAAAAACUUUUGAAUUACAUUCCGUAUAUAAAUAGUAUUAAUAUAUUUAAGUUGUGACCUAGUAUAAUAAUAAUAAUGAUAAUGAUAAUAAUAAUAAUAAUAAUUAAUGGUGUUGUUGU